CUGAGAUGAGGGCGAAGGAAUCGCCCGUGCCGAAAAGCGAAGACUCGACUGAUUAUUCUCCUAGAGUUUCGCGACAGGUGCUGUACUGUAACUUUCCAGUACGUAACCCCAACGAUCGUCAUUGAGUUUUCCAGCUGUAAUGGGCCCCCCUGUUCUCCAACCAAGACUGCAGAGCCGCCACCAUCGAGCACGGCUCCUCGGCUGUGGCGUAUCAGAGCCAAGUUUUUCAACUUCAGAUCAAAGCCCGAGCAUUCUUCGUCUUAUAUGAAUCACGGAUAUUCAGAUGAAAGCAAUUGAUAACGUACCUUUGUCAAGAGAGAUAAAUUAUCUCCGAUAUUGGAAUGUACAAGCGACAUCGGUCCAAUUGCUCCUCCACAGUCGGGAUUAACGAACAAUCCAUUAGACUUUUCGCUCCGUAACUCGGCCGUAAAUCAAGAGCCUGCUGAACGGCCCGGCCCCAGCGAACUCCUUGUUCCCUGCGGGGUGAUCUAACCCCCAUCCGCAUGGAGUCUGUGGAUCUGCUCUGCUUAAGCGUCAUGAUAGGCAUCGUCCCCCUUGCAAUUCGUUACCCCGACCUCGGCUGGGUCUUUCUCGUUGCAAUGCAACGAUCCACUGUAGGAUUGACAAUUUGAUCAUCUUUGACUGGUUGGGGUAUAGUGAUAAAUUGCCUUAGGUAGCUUGUUGAGAGAAGAGGGUGUGACUUGUCGUGUUAACCAGGGUUUAAAAAGGCGGACUUGCUCCGAGACAUUCAAGUCUCUUUAUAAGUGCCGGCCCGCAACUCAUUUCCACGUUUGAGGAUCUGCAGAGCACUCUGAUUUUCCCCUUCUCCUCUGCUUUGUUUUCAUACGGACUCAGUAUACCUUUGCUAGAAGCCAUCGUUUAGCAGCAAUGGCUCUCAACCACACAGAAAAAGACGAAGGCAACGAGUCACCCGUUUCCCUCGACCCUGAGCGUUCCCACGUUCGCGAUGCCGUUCACACAGACGACGCUACGGUGGUUUGCCCGUCGAGUACCACUGAUACCAAGCUCAUGACCAAGAUUGAUCUCCAUGUCAUUCCUUUCUUGUGUAUCAUGUAUCUGCUCGCUUUCCUGGAUCGUGUAAACAUCGCCAAUGCCGACGUUUUUGGCCUGUCCGAAGAACUCGGCCUCGAAAAGACAGAAUACAAUACCGCCCUCGUCGUCUUCUUCGUGCCAUACGUCCUCUUUGAGAUUCCCUCCAACAUUCUUCUCAAGCGCUUCAAGCCCCAUGUCUGGCUCAGCCUGAACAUGUUCCUCUUCGGCCUUACUACUCUCCUCCAGGGUCUGGUUCAGAACUACAGCGGUCUUAUUGCGACUCGUUUCUUCCUGGGUCUUUUUGAGACGGGCAUGUUCCCCGGUGCUUUCUACUUGAUCGGCAUGUGGUAUCGUCGACACGAAGCCCAGCGCCGCUACUCUUUCUUCUUCAACAGCACCACCCUCGCCGGCGCAUUCGGCGGCCUUCUUGCUGCAGCCAUCGGCAAGAUGAGCGGUAUGCGUGGCUACGCUGGUUGGCGCUGGAUCUUCAUCCUCGAGGGCGGUCUUACCGUUCUCGUUAGCUUCUUCUUCUACUUCCUGCUCCCCGAUUUCCCUGAGCAGGCCAAGUGGCUCACCAGCGAAGAGAAGCACUACGUCACAGCAAGACUGCGCAUCGACCAGGGCCACGCCGGCGCCGAGCGCAAGACGACCUUCGCCGAUGCGCUCAGCGUGCUCAAGGACUACAAGAUCAUCAUUGGUGGCUUCAUGUACUUCGGUCUUAUUGUGCCCGCAUACGGCUAUGCCUACUUUGCACCUGGUAUCAUCAAGACAUACGGAUACAGCCCCAUUCAGACACAGCUCUACAGCGUUCCUCCGUGGGCCGCUGCCUUUGGCUUCUCGCUUGCUGUCGCAUUCGCGUCAGACAAACUUCGACACCGAGCCUCAUUUGCUAUUUUUGCCAUCCUCGUCGCCAUCGCCGGGUUCGCAAUUCUUCUAUCCGUCCACAACAACCACUCUGUCCAGUAUGGUGCUCUAUUCCUCGUCACCAUGGGCGCAUACACCGCUAUGCCCAUCAUUGUUUGCUGGUUCAACAUGAAUCUUGGAGGUCACAGGAGACGAAGCAUUGGCAGCGCAUGGCAAGUUGGCUUCGGAAAUAUUGGUGGUAUUAUCGCCGUGUAUUCCUUCUUGGCCAAGGAUGCACCGAAAUUCAUCCCGGGUUACUCUAUCUGUAUUGCAUUCACCAUCUUGUCGAUCAUUGCGUGUCUCUCAUACGCUGCCGUGAUUCUAUACGAGAACAAGAAGAGAGAUGCGAACCCACCGCAGACCGAACUCACCAACGAGGAAAAGGCCGAGCUGGGCGAUAAUGCGCCGACAUACAGAUAUUUGCUGUAGAUAGAGUUGUACAUGUGGCUGGUUCACAAAAGUUGGAUACAUACCCCAGGUAAUCAUUUUGCGUAAUGUUGAUGAAUCACAAAUGAAUCAAAGAGCUUUCUAGCAGACCGUUUGUCCAUGACUCUGUUGGUGAUUCGGUCUUGAAUUUGACUCUGAAUUGUUUCUGAUGGAUCAACCCUCAAGAACAAAAUCUUCCAUUUCGAUCCGUUCAUGUAAAAGUAAAUAGUGUCCAUAGGGAUCGCGGAGGCUCGGCGGUAUUGCUUUUAACUCUUCAUAGUUCCCCUCUGGAGUGCAUCGAUUGGAUUGGAUGCUGGCCAUAGACAAUGCGGUCAUGUCAAUUCCACGACUCUGGAAUCCAAUGGAGUAGUGUCUGGAAGCAUCCAUGAAUACAAAAUGAAAACUCUUC